AAGUGACACGAGGUUUCUACAGAAGCGAACCGCAAAGUUCAUUUAAUUCUCUUCAAACGAGAAAAGGAGACAAAAAGAGAAAACGGAAAGCUUUAAUGUUGAGUGAGCGAACGAUGUAAAGUUUCAGUUGUGGUCCAGGAGGGCUUGAGAUCAGAUUAUAAGAUCAGACUGAAGAGUCAGACGACUCCAGUCAACCCAUCAUCUAACACACUGUUUGUUGACCAGGAGAAGAUUUCCAGAUGCUGAGAAGAAAUGGCCAGGAUGCAAAAUCAGACUGUGAUUAUUACAGUGAUGAUGAUGAUGUUGCGCCUUCAUUCAGCUCUUACAGAUCAAAGUUUGGAGUGUUAUAAUGACUACUGUAACACCUUCACAUGCGUGUGGAACACAUCAAAUGUCCAGCCGCCCAUCACACCUCAGACAAUCUGCUCCCUACAUGUAGAGGUUAAAAAAAGAUUAAGCAGUAUAACAGAAACGCAGCAGAUGUCCAUUAAGGGCUCAGACCUCAACAUCCGCACAGCCAGCGUUGAAUUUAAAAAACCUGGAGGAAUCAUAAUAGGUGCUGCCAUCAUCUCUGAAAAAGUGUUGUGUGAGAACUUUGACGCACCUGUGGCUCAGACACAACACAUGGGCAACGACAGCGUAGUGAAAGUUCUGCCUCCUGUAGGAGUGAAAGUUGACGGGCUCAAUGUUUCAUGGAGUUUUGCUUCCCCAAAGUCAACAUAUUUUCAGGGUCAUGUGUUUGAGCUGCAGUACAGAUCUGCUGAGCAAAGCUGGACGGACAGUGACAGCGUUCAGAUCAAUGACCCUCAUAUACAAUUUAAUGAAGAUCAUCUGUAUUUAAAUCAGCCGUAUGUGCUCAGGGUCAGAGCCAAACUCUUAAACAAACCCAAUGCCAUCUGGAGCGAGUGGAGCAGUGAGUACAGCUGGAAAUCUGAUGUUGGUAAGCCACGCCCGACACCCAGCGGGAGCUUCACCCCGGCACUUAAUACAGAGUCAUUUCAAGUCUGGAUCACAUUCACAGGAGUCGGUCUCAGCAUCAUCUUCAUCUUUAUCAUUCUCUUCAAAUGCAACAAAAUCAAAUGGGUGCAGAAGAUCCAUUCUUCAUAUAUACCUGAUCCCAGCAAAUACUUCACUGAUUUAAACUCAUAUCAUAAAGGAAAUUUUGUGUCAUGGCUCGGUUCAGCGUUCGCUCUGGAAAGCUUUGUCACAGUCGACUCUGAGUUUGUCAGUCCGGUCGAGGUCGUGAAGCUGCAGGACACCUGCGACUCUCACCGCUUGGACGCACGCGGUGCCGCAUUGAACGAAGGAUGGGAAAACACUUCAAAAUCCUCCAACUUCUCAAACUCCACUUACUUUUUGUCCCAGAGCUCCAACGACCCCAACGACACCCUGGAACCCUGCUCGGCACACUGCUCGUACGGUCCUGCGGGGGGAGACAUUCUGCCGAACAGUGCUGACGUCGCUCGUGGUGUCGGGAAGGAUGAAAUGUUUGAACUGGAAAGUUCUCUAAAGAGACUGGAGCAGCUCCGUCAGGACACGCAGAGUCCAGAUUCGGGCUUCGCCGUGGGGUCUGAAGACAGCAUGGAGGAGUCGGACCUUCCCAGCCCGCUGGGUCUAAAUCUGACCCCUCACCCGCUCCUGGGCCUGCCUGCCCCUCAUCCCCACAAACAUCUCUUUUUGGGCUGGGACCAGACGCCUCUUGUACUGGGACCAAACCGUCUGAUGCCCAGCAUAGACUUGGACCUCAAGCUUUUAGGUUCAUGUGGAAUGAUAGAGCCCUCAAGUGACGAUUACAUGCCAGUGAAAAAUGUCCAAAAUUAAUUCACCAUUAUCCGCAUAUCUCAAAGUCUCUGUGACUUCAGUAACAAAUGUGUGACUUAAUUGUAAUGAUUGUGAUGAUUUCCGAACAGGGGGUGAAAAACCACCUGAAAAAUCCCAUUAACAUUGCGCAGAACUUUGACAGGUCAUAGCUCUGAGCAAGGAUUUCGGAGUAACACUUGGGUUACUACAUCUGAAGAGGCAGGCAGGCUCUGUAAGAACAUAUCUUGAAAUAGGGUGUAAAGGGCGAUUUAUAGUCGUGCGUAAGUUCUACGCCGUAGCAUCAUUGCUGGUCUUCUCAAAUUAUACACAACAAGUUGCUGUUUCUUCUUCGUUUGUGUGUUAACUUGCCAAGCUUCUUCUUCUCUGACGGCCGCGCUGCUACUGUGGUUACACGCGUGGAUACUGCCUAGCAGCAGUUUGCGGGUGUGUUUGCACGUCGACGCGGAGGACGACGCAAAAGUAUAAAUGAAAACCGACGCGGAACCUACGCCGUCGCGGCUACGCCGUAAUACCUACGCACGACUAUAACGAGCCCUUAAGUUGUACCCCUGGGGAGCAAAUGCUAUCUGAAAUUGCCACAAUAUAAAUACGUGGUGAAGGAAAGCAAUGCCGUUUUCCUACUAUGAUAUCUAGGACAUACAAGGCUUUUUUAUUUAACAUUUUUGCAUCACAGAAAGAAGUGGGUGGACUCAUUUUACUCUGCCAUCCAACCAGUCUCUCAGAAUCAUCAUGAAUGAAUCAAGCCACGCCCUAGCAACCAUUUUGAGCACCCGAUCCCAUAGACUGCCAUUGAAACAAAGCCUAUAUCUCUGCAUCAGAACAUCGUAUCAUCGUUUCACUUGUGGCCAGGAGUAUAAUCACUGGUAAAUGACAAUUAUUCCCUAGCAACUAAACAGAGGUACCCUAGCAACCGAUUAAAAAAAGCCUAUAUCUCUGCAUCAGAACAUCGUAGAUACAUUGGAGGGGUGGGGUCUUCUGAAACUUGUUAACAUUAUUGUACCAGUUUGUUUCCUGAAUUUUGCUACUCAAGCACCACUUCACAUUUUCUUCGGAAAAUAUACCUAUCUAUUGACCCUUUUGCUCUAUUAUAAUGUAUUGCUUUAAUGUAUAAGAUGUUAUGGGAUUGUGAUCAAUGACCUUAGUUUCUAAUUCUUUAAAAGAAACACAAAGCCAGAAGUUAAAGUUUAUUUGUAGCUUACUGAAGUCCGUUUAUUGUCAUUUAUCAAUAGUUCCAUAGAUAAAACAAGAUUGAGCACUGGUGUAGGGAGACGAUGCAACACUCAGGCAACUAAAGUCCCGCCUUCCAGUUAAAAGAACCAAUCAACAAUGGAUAAAGACUGAUGAUUAUCAGUUCUGCUGCUAUUUGAGAAAUGAAAUGCAUUUGUGUGAAAAGUGAAUGUAAAGUUAAAUCAGUGACAGGAACAUCUGUAUGUAUAAAAUGUGUCGUCAGUGAUUCUGGUUAUUUCAGCUUCAGACUUAAAGUCCUCCUGUGGUGAAAAUCAAGUUUUUAUUGUUGUUUAUAUGUCUAUGCGGGUUUUUAAUAUGCUUUAAGACAACAAAAAUUUCUGUGGUUUGAAAUUGCUAGACACGGUGCUGAAACGAUCACGACGUUACUGCUUCAACUCUACUUCUGUGAUGCUCACGUGUGCAGUGUGAUUGCUGUAAGCUGUUAACAUCAGCCCUUAAGUUCACGUAUACAUUGUGUAAAACCGAACUUAGCAGUUAUGUGUCUGAAACUGUCGAAUGUAGCAUCUAUUUACAUUUAUAUCUAUGGUCUGAGGUGGUGCGAAAAAGUAGAGGUGGGAACUAAUUUGCAUAUUCAUAGAUCCAUAACUAUACUAAAGGGUGUAGAGUUACAUUCAUGUUGUUUUAAACAUGAAGAAAUUACUGUCACAUAUAUAUGCUAUUAUGAUGCUCAAAGAUGAGUUUUUAAGGAUAAAAUUAUAGACUACAGGGGGACUUUAAGAUAUCAUGGUCUGUUUCAGUCUGGAAUAAAAUCAUGUAAGUUAAUAUCAGUCAAUUUAACCAACUGUUUUUACUGAGUUUACCGUGCUUUAGUGAGAAAAACAACCUCAUACUUUAUAGUCUAUGGGCAAAACUAGUUAUUGGAAUUUACUCAUUUUCCAGGUUAUAAAUUAUGCACAAACUUUAAUUUUCACAUAACUCUAGAUCAUUUCAUAGUUUCACCCUGAUCUCUUAUUGGAAUGUGGCCUAAUAUUUUCAGAUAAUAACAAAAUAUAAUUGGCUGCGUUGCAUAUCAGGCUUUUUGCAGUAGGUUGUUCGACAUUAUGCGCUAGAACUGAGAGGCGGAUGACGUCAAAGUACCGCGAGAGCGAGACGAAAUUAGACUUAGUAUGAUUUCUCCAAUCGUUCUCGCGGUACUAUGACGGCAUCCGCCUGUCGGUUCUUGCGGCGCCGCAGUGUAAUUUUUACCUAUGAAUAAACACGUGCCUUCUUUUUAAAACCCUGCCUCUGAAGUGCAUUUCAGACACCAGCAUAUCAAGUGCACUGAAUAAUGGACAGGAAGAAACAGAUGUGUGUUGUCAUGACAACAGUUUGACUGAUGUCUGUGUCAUAAAUCCUACAGUAUUAUCAUGUUGAAUGUAAAACUCACUCUAUUACAUCUCACUGCAUUGAUGAAUGUGAAAUAAAGCUUCUGUAGUUCUCAUCUACUCUUUCAUUUACAACAGAGGAACUCCUAUCUGAUUGAACAUUAAUAUAGCUGUACUAAAAUAAAGCAGAUGUUGUUGCUACAGAGCAC